UUAACAAUUAUUUAGAUAAUUAAUUUAUAAAUUCUACAAUUUUCAUCAUUUACCUUAUUUUUCUAUUUAUUCAAUGAUACUUUCCAUAUGAUGGUGCACAAUCUUACGUAACCAAAAAGUAGUAAAGGGUCAGAGGCAGUCAGAGGUGGAAACAAUAAUCAUACAAUCGCUGUUUACCGGCAAGUGUAUUAAGAUUCUGAUUCCUAUACAUUUAUAUACUAUUACGUUAAUAGAAGAAAAAGGUGAAUUUUAAAUAUUAGUAUCUUCUAUUAAUGAGAAUAUCAUAAAUUGAUACCACUGUAAUUCAGAAAUUGUAUUUAUUGGUUUAUGAUUAGGGAUCAAAAUGAACAAAGCACUGGCAUGGCUUAGUACAGACGCAGGCAGAGAGUUCUGCAAAUAUACUGUAGGUGCAGUAUCGGCAUGUGCUUAUUGUGUGGUAUACUUUCCACACACCUUCUGUAUAAAACAAUACAAGCAGUUUGUUCAAAUGUAUAAUGAAGGACAAGAAGUCCCAGUUAGUGAAAAACUUAAAAAACAAUUCAGCGAAGUUUUGAGCGAUUUGAAAGUUAUGAAGUUGGAAAGCAAACUCAUAAAACCGUUCAUGGUAACUGGUUUUGACCUCUAUCGCAUGGGUAGUACAUUCAGUAGACUAGGAUCAUACAUUGGACUGCCUAUAAAUUUUGAGUACACUGAUCCAGCCUUGAUAGAAACUUCACGUAUUCUAAUAAAACAAGAACCUGUUAGUUGGUCACAACCAGCAGCCAAGUCUUUACUGGAGUCCCUAGUUUUAUCAGAAAAUGCUCAGAAAUAUGGGAUUGCUCGUGAAGUGCUGAGAUUACAAACUAAUGAAGUGGUUGCUACUUCUAUAUGUGCUCCACUUACAAUAAUAGCAACAUAUGAAGCCUGUAAAAAAAUUAAUAACCGAUUUAACCUGCACCAGGGGCCCCGAUCACUUCGUGUCAUACUUUACUUGGUCACAGGAUCAUUCGUAGCAAGUCUUUGGCUGACAGUAAAAGAUUUUAUAACCAUACGUAUAGAAAAAGACUGUGAUCAAACUAUUGCUGAACUUGGUCCAGAGUAUGUGCACGGUGGUUUAGAAUUCUAUGACAAGAUGAUGAAGAGAAACAUGGCCCUUCGUACUCUUUUGGGUGAAGAAGGCAAAAAAGUAUUCACAGUGAAUGGAAAUGAGCAAUUUUUCAUUCGACAAAAGAGACUACCGCUGUUUAUCAGGAAGGAAUUCUUUGAAAAGAAACUGCAGGAAUUAGAGGCAACAGCAUUACAAAACUGGGAAAGUCAUUUGGAUUUUCAAGCAUAACAGUGAACCUUUAACUUGUCAUUUAUUUAUAAGACAUUUAAGUAAAAUGUAUUAAUAACAGCAUUAUGUACAUUUCUUAACUGUAAAUAGUUUAUUUCGUACAAUACGAAUUUCACGGCCUUAUAUUGAUCUACAGAAUUUUUUCGAACUUUAUCCUCUAAUAUCUAUAUUUCUUUAUUUUAUUUUUCAAUAGUACGAAUAAUAGGUUA